GUCUAAUGUUAAUUUCUGACAAGUAACAUUGCGUGCGUCGUCCAUUUUGUUUUUGGUGUUUGACUAUAGUUUCCACGUUUUUGUUCCUAAAUAAAUUUAAAAUAAAAUGAAAACAUGUCAAUGUUAGCGGGACCUCGUCGGAAACAGAAAGUUAUUAAUUUACGAGCGAAAAAUAAUGCUUGGAGUAAUGAUACGAACAAGUUUGGUCAACGUAUGUUGGAAAAAAUGGGUUGGAGUGAAGGAAAGGGGUUAGGAGCCAAAGAAAAUGGAAUAGUUGAACAUGUUAUCGCUAAAUAUAAAAACGAUGACAAAGGAUUGGGUUACGAGGAUAAAAAUGAUCAAUGGACCAAGCAUGAAGACGAUUUUAAUGCUUUGUUAGCAAAUUUAUCCAAUGGCGAUGAUAAGGGAGAGAAACUUCAUAGUGGUGUAUCAUUGGAAGUAAAGUCAAAAAAGAGUAAAGCAAGAGUUCACUAUCAUAAAUUUACAAGAGGUAAAGACAUUACCCGGUACAGUGAAAAAGAUUUGGCCAAUAUAUUUGGUAAAAAAAGUUUUAAAGAAGAAAAAUCAGAAGAACCAGUUAAAGAAGAUGUAAUAACUACUGAGCAAAUAUUCACUGAAAAAGGCAGUAUGGAGGAUUAUUUUAAAAAUAAGUUAGCAGCCUUUAAAUCAAAAAAUAAAAUUACAUCUGUAGUCUAUAGUGAAAAACAUGAGGAUGAAGCUGACUGUGCUUUUAAAGGGUUUUCAAUGACCACUACUGAUGCAGCAGAUGAUCGUGAAAAUCAAAGUUUACAAACAUUUUCAUUUUACAAAACACAUGAUAUGAAAGAAGCCGUUGAUAUAAAUAAAACAGAUCAAUCUGAAUUAAGUACUGAAGUCAGGAAGAAAAAGAAGAAAAAAUCAAAAAACAUUGAAAUUGAAACUAUUGCAUGUGAUAAUGAAGUUUUAUUACAAUCUAAGACUAAAAUCAAGAAAAGCAAUAUAUGUGAUAAUAUAGAACUCACUGAAGUGGAAAUAGUUAAAGUGAAAAAAUCUAAAAAGAAGAAACAUUUGCUUGAACACAUAGAUAAUGACAAUAAUGAAACAAAUAUACCAGAAAACAAUGCCCAGAACAAUAUGAAUUCUGAAAUACUUGUAACUGAGAUACAAGAACAUGUAUCAGAUAAUACUUAUGUACCUAAAAAGAAGAAAAAACGAAAAAAUAAAGAGAAAAACUGUUAAUGUUUAUUAAAAUAUUUAACUUUCAAA